AAAAAGGAGCUUGGGAAACCUGGAUGUCACAGGGGAGUUGGAAAUAAGACUGUAGUUUCUUACACAAAAUGUAUAUGGGAGAAGCAAGGUUUCACUGGUACAAGUAUAUUCAUGGAGAAGUUCACAUGGAAGUUGUAGAGAGAGGAGUUGUAAGAAGUCUUGAAGUAAGGGGCUAAGAAUCAUUAAUUUCAUGCGGAAAUCAUCUCCAGAGAAUUAGCUUCUUGAACUGUAUGCACAGAAAAUUGGUUGAGUCUCUAGGAGAAUCUGGAGGCGGGUGUCUUGGGAGACUAGAAGAGAGAAGGAUGCUAUCAGUAGUUUUUACAAACCACACUUGAUUUGUUUAUUAUUCUAAGACAGGAACUUCUGUAAAAUGUAUUUAAAUUUAUAUUUUUCUAUAUGAAAUAUGAUCUUGUAGUCUCUUUAGUAUUUGAGUUCUUUUAUUCUUCUUGUGGAGAUAAUAGUUCAAACUGCGCAUUUCAAGUGUGAACAAUGCACAGCUGUUAAGGAGAAAUAUAUUGCAGAAACGUUUUAUUUCUAAGCAGACUUACUGGACUUCUGAGUUACUGCCUGAGAACCACAAAGAAUUUUACCUCAGAGAUCUGGAGGAGAAUGAGAAAACAAAUGUCUUGGAUGUCUCUUAUAUCCUAAAUUACUCUAAUUAGUAGUUAUUAACUAAUCUGUAGUAAUUAAACAGUGGCGUGCAAUUCAGAUCUUUACUCAUAGAAAAAUAACAGAACGGAAACUGAAGUUUCUUGGCUUUUUCUUAGGACUGUGUAAAAGAAUAAAAAUAAUAGGAAAGGUAAAAGAUGAUAAUAUAUUCAAAGUUGAUUACAUCAUGUUAGAUUUAGUCAUAUAUUGACAAAUGUGGGUUUUCUAUAAGUAAUAAGUAAUUUCUUGUACACGUUUUCUCAGAAGUUACUGCUGAGGCUGUGUAUGCAGGAUAUUCAUAGCUUUGAUGAAUUCUGUAUUGAGAAAUGUGUUCCACAUUGAGAAAUAUAUGAAAAUGACCCUUAAGAUAAAUGGAUAUAUCUUAAAAAUGUUAUAUAUAUUCUCCAUAUUUGGAUCUACUAAAGACAGUGUAAGCUUUCUGUGUAAUUGGAGCGUUCCUUAUUCUAGGACAUUAAUGCCAGGGCUUACUAUUUUUUCUCUUUGUGUUGUUGCACCAACAGUUGCAGCCCGCUGUGCUUUCUGCCUUAGUGUUCCAGCAUCCACCUUUUUUUUUUUUGCUCUCUAUAGCAACACUGUUUCUCAGCAACUGGGAGACGCUUAGCAGAGGCCCCUCAAUUGAAAAAUAUUGCACUCCAAUGAUAAGAAAAAUUGUCUUUGAAACAAAGACCAAAGAAGUUUUAUCUUGAAUUAUUAAAGAUAUUUAUUACUAAUUAAUUAGUGUUUUCUUUUUUGACUGCUUAGACAAUUACCUGAUACUUUGAUCUGGGCUGUUGCCAGGCAUUUGCUGAGAAUAGCAUUCAUUUAAAAGCAAAACCUUUAGAACUGGGUCUUGAAGUCAGCUUUUAAGUGCUACAAAACUACUGGACUUUUCUGAAGGUGUUUUCUGACCUAUGGGCUUUUAGCAGCUCGCUGAGAUAAAGGUAAGUGCUGUUACUCAAUUUGGAGAUAAUAAUUUCAGCCUUUGAACACAACAUCUCAUGUUUUCACCCUUUUAAAGAAACAGAAGUAAUUGUAGUUUAUUUUAUAGAUAUUUGAACUGUUGCUUGUAUGUUGCCUGAUUUCAAAAGAAGGAAGGCUUCUGUGAUCAAGUCAGUUGAUCUGUUAAGACAUUUCUGCCUUGAUCGCGUUUGUCUUUCUCUGUAUUUUAACUUAAUUGUGCAGUGUGUUUAAAAAUGCAUUUUAUUUGCUAAAGUACAUAUUCUGAGUUCCUGUAUAGACAUACAAAUACAUAUAGGUAGUUAAAGCAUGUUGCUUUUCUUGCACUUUACAGUAGGACGCCAGAAUAAGGCUACUCUCAUUCUGCACUUAACAAUAGUCAUGUUAAUGGGAUUAGAAUUUUUAAUUGUAAAAUUUCUUCCUGUACAUUUGUAACUAAUCUUAUAAUUCUUUUUUGUUUUAUGGAAUUGCUCUUAACUAUUAGUAAAAGGCACAUGCAGCCAAAAAUAUGGGCUGAAAUAGUUAUCAGUGAGCAUUAUCAAUUCAGAUGUGAUGUUUUAGUAGACAAAUGAUCUUCUUCCUCCAUAUUGUAUUCAUUAUGAGGUAGAUAUGCUAAUGGUGGAGUAGAUCCCACUCAUUUCAGCCAAACAGUCCUACUGCAGCCAAGAGCUGGACUGUCUGUAGAGUUUUGUAUACAAAAAUAAAGACCAUAUAUGUUAAUAAUGUCUUUCAGAAAUGGGUAUAACACAUCUGAUGUUACGAUGUCGCAUCAUGACCACUAGUUGAGUAAAACACUUAAGCACGUACUUAACUUUGAUACUUUCCUUGAAUACCAUAGUACAAACGUAUAAUGUAUUUAUCCAUAUGAGUAAUUUAUAGGGUAAGCGUUUCACUGUACUGGAUCGAGAGCUCAUUAUCCUACGUAAGUAUCAAUUGCAAUAUUAUGCACACUGUUAAACUCAGUGAGGCCAAUGGAUCUGUUCUUAUUAGAGCGAGUAAACUGAAUUCUAAUUUAAGUGAGUUUAGCCUGUAAAUUUUUAUAUUCAUCUUCUUGUUUUAUUUUACAUGCCUCUGAUAGAGAGACAAAAGGAGGAAAAAAGAGGCAAGUAAUGUAUUUGUACAUCUGUCAUUUAUCAAACGUGUAGGGUUCAGGUUGUUACAUGUGCCUUAUGUUUAAUUCAUUGCUCAGGAUCUUCUGAUUUCAUUGGUUUCCCUCCAUUGAUUUUUCUGUCAAAGUAUGCAGAGACAUAUAAUGCUGCAUCCAUUUUAGGAGUAAUUGUAUAAGCAAAGUUGCAUGCCUAUAUAAAUGUUGGGCAAAACUGCAGUCUUGCAGAACUCAAGGUUGAAUCCAAGCUGUAAACCUUGCUAAAGGAAGAAAACAGAGUGAUGCUGAAAAAGGAACAGUGGUAUUUCUUUCAAAGAGGGACUUCAAUAAAAAUGGUGGCGUUGUACUCUAUAAUGAGGAAGUAAUAAAAGCAAGUCUGAAUCCCAUCAUUGUAAAUAUUUAUAGGUUAUUUAGAGACUGAAAUAUAAAGUUGCAGCUUUCACCAAUUAAGAUGAUGAACAAUAUAUUUAUGAUAGAUUCAAUAAUUAUAGAUGAAUGAAUCUUUAUGCUUCAUAAUUGGCCAGUAUUCUCUCAUGUUUAUGACAAAUGAUGCUUUAUGUUUAUGACUCACUGCAAAAAUGUAAAGCAGUGAAAGCUUGGGUAAGUUUUGUUUUAACACUAAAUGUAUUGUUUAGGCUUCAGAUAAUUUUCGAUUAUUUAAUUUUUAUUUAUUCUACUGAGUUUCCAUUUCUUUUCUACUGUAAGCCAUAUAUAUAUAUAUAUAGCCUUUGGUAUCCUCUGUAACUUAGGCCUGUUACGCCUAGUGUAUUUCAGCUGUAAUGGUAGCUGACAGGUAGUUACUAUACUAAAUUCAAAUUUUUAUGUUUAUGUUUAAAAAUAUAAUGUAGUUUAAAGUGUUAAAGACAUAAGUUCUGACAGAAGAAUUUGUUUCUGUUAUUAUCAGUGACACAACUACUUUUGCAUUCAGGGAUGCGUAAGGAAGUAGAUUCACACUUAAGCUUCCUUUUUCACUUCUUUCUGAGGUCAAAAAGGAAUACUGUCAGCUUAACUUGUUAACUUGUUUAGUUAUCUUAUGUGUAAACGCUGGACUCCUGAAUAGUCAAAGAUCUCAUUUCCUGUUCUUCAGCUGCUUUGGGAACAGUUUCCUCCUUCAUGCAAUUUUGCAGUUAGUACAGUUACCCCUGCUUUAUCCUGAGCAGAGAUGAUGCACAUUUCUGGUGUUUCUCCACACCUGACACCAAAUCUACUAUGUUGUUUUAUAUUAUUCUGUUUAAUUUCAUCUAUGCAAUGCAUUUAGUAAAUAUUUCAGAUUGUAAAGUUUGAUUGGAAUGGUUCAAUAUGCCUCAAUAAUGUGAUUUUGCACUUUGAUUUAUUUCAUUAUAGAAUGUCUAAUGCAAUCGGCCAACUUAAAAUGAAUCCAUACUGGCAGGAGGCUUUCAAUGACAUUCAGAGCUCCGUCUACAGAACAGCCCUAAAACUACGCUCACUACAAAGUCUGUGCCAGUUGGAUUUGAUUGAUGUUUAUCUGAUUCAGCACGUCUUAUCAAGUGAACGGAGACAGAGGGAAAAGCAGAUUUCUCUGAAAGUGCAGCAGCUCUCUGGAAUGCUGAAGGAGCUGUUUGAAAGGGCAAGAUUAGAAAAGCCAGGCCAGGUAGAUCCAAGAGCCGCCAAAUUCACAUUGAGCCUGCUAGAAGCUAUGUAUGACAGAUCUGGAACAGGUUAUAUUAAAACUAGAUCUGCUGCAGCUGCCCUUAUUGCCCUUUCAGGAGACACUCCACUUGCUAAAUACAGAGCUUUCUUUGAGUUUUAUGCUGUUCCUGAUGGGAAGAAGGCCUUGAUUACCCGUAAUGCUCUGAGAUGCCUGCGAACAGACUUGAAUCAGAUCCCAGCCAUUGUAGGAGAAAGCUGCACUCUGUCUUGUGUGGAGAUUGCUACUCACAGCUGUUUCCAUGGGGUUCUGAAUUCAGGAAUUGUUGAAGAAAAAUUCCUGUCUUGGCUGAGAUCAGGACCUGCUCUUCUGCAAUGGCUCCCUACGUGUUACAGAUUGUCUGCCACAGAAAUGGUUUCUCACCAUGUUAGAUGUAGAGUCUGCAAGAAUUUCCCCAUUACAGGCCUCAGGUAUCGCUGUCUGAAGUGCCUGAAUUUUGACCUUUGCCAGGUGUGCUUUUUCACUGGCCGUCUCAGCAGAUCACAUAAGAGUUCACAUCCUGUUGUGGAACACUGUGUGCAGAUGUCAGCAAAGGCGAAUGCAAAGCACUUUCUCUGCACUGUCAGAAACAACCUGUUUCAAGACUGCUGCAGAAGAAAGAAGGCUCAGAGAAGAAAGGCUCUGGAGAUAAUGGAGGAGAAGCAGUUCCCUACUCACAAAAAGAUUCCUCCCCCUGCAGAACUCAGUGCUUCACCAUUCCCUAGAUGUGAAAACCUGCCUCUCCCAGUGAACAAACCUGUUCUGGAAUCACCCAAGUUUAUAUCUGAAAACAGAACAGUAAUGCACAAGAGUGAGAAUAACAGCAAGAAACCGGAGCAAGGCAAGACAAAAAUUCAGGUGAUUGCAUCUUUUGAAGCAGAUGUGUUAAAAAUGCACGAUUCCAUCAAAAGUAUUCACAAUAAGAGCAGGUACAUGAAGAAGCAGUUCAAUAAAUGGAAGAACAAAAUGCAAUUUCUUCAUAACUGCCAGGAGGACAAAAGCUUCAAAAUAGAGGCAAAACUCCAAAGCCUGAGAGCAAGCCAUGAAAACCUGGAAAUGGAGCUGCGUAAAAUGAAGCAAGAAGUAGAGACAAUGUUACAGUCAACAGCACAUGCUUCAUUUUCACUGUGUCAGAAUACAAUGCCAAGAGAUCAGCGUGUUCUUCAGGAAAGGAGAACGCAGGGUGGGUUAAACCCUGUUCAAAUAAAGCUCAUUUCCAGAACAAGUACAGAUUGGAAAGCUUUGAAUCACCUCAACUCUGCAAAUAGAAUAGAGGUUUUAGAGUCACCUGAGGCUCCUGCUACAGUGGACUUCGUGUUCUCAGAAGACCCAGUGAAGUCAGUGACCUUGCAGAGUGACAGAGUUUUUAUGGGACGGUUUAAAAAAAUAAAAGAUAAUCAAACAUAUCUGCCAGAAUUGAUGGAAAACUACCACAGUGGCAUCAUAAGGAAUACAGCUCUUACUCCCGCUGCAAUGCAGAUACUACCUGAUAAGAAGGAAUUCUGUGAUGAAGUGGAACUGCGGCAGCUAGUGAUGAAAUUGACAGAUGCAUUGUCUCUUCAAGCCCAACCAGAUCAACAAUCAGCUUUGAAGAAGCAUUUCUUCUCUACAGCUGAACAUGUUUGUAGAUGCUUCUCUGACCUCAUCAACCAGAUGAGGAGCCCGGAACACCAGCGCUGCGACUCUGCUACCACCACACAGCCUGCACCUUGUGCCAGUGCCAAGAGGACAUGCAGGGAACGCUGCUCCCCUGCUCCCCGCCAGCUCUGGUGCAUUGCACGAAGCCCAGAACAGCACUGGGAGAAAUACCAGAAAGAAUGCAGCAGGUCCUGGGUCCUUCUGAAAGCAUCAAUACUGGAAAGCAGCACAACGUGAACAGGAACUCAACAUUUAGUGAUGAAAGCAAGAAAUAGAACUGCCAGAGCCACUGAAGAGAAGACAUGCGGCAUUGCUUACUUAAAGCCCCAUCCUGUCCCCCCAAGGACAAUAGCUGCUACCAGGAUGGCACCAGCGA